ACAAGAUGACAUCAUGGUCUACUCAGACGGUUCCGGAUUCGACGGCCAAAUAGGAGCAGCGGCGGUCAUGUACCGCAACGGGAGAUUGACAAAACAUCUCCAAUACCACCUUGGCCCGAUCACAGAACACACGGUAUACGAAGGAGAGCUUAUCGGCAUCCUCCUAGCCCUCGAACUCUUAAAGACCAUCCGAGCCCGUAGACCUAAAGUCCACAUAAACCUGGACAACCAAGCGGCCAUCAUCUCCACCCUCACCAAUCGUCCCCAACCGGCCCACCACAUCCUAGACGAGAUCAUCACUACCAUCGAUGAUAUACAGAGAAGCGAAGCUACCCGGCACACGACCCGGUCCCUCGACAAGCGCACCCCUAUAGCGAUGACCAUUAACUGGGUACCCGGCCACUUAGGUAUCCCAGGAAACGUCGAAGCAGACACCCGAGCCAAAAACGCUGCACAGGGACAUUCCAGCGACCCACAAGAGCUUCCUAGGAAACUCAGAGUUCCUCUCCCCAUUAGCGUAUCAGCACUCCGGCAAGAGCUACGAACAGAAGUCAAGAGACGUUGGAAAAAUCAAUGGGCAAGAUCCCAAAGAUUCACUCGCCUAAACAACAUUGACAAGUCGUUGCCAUCCUCACGGUUUCGCAAAUUGAUACAAGGGCCGCUGGCGUCUAGAUACGGUUCAAGACCAGCAGAAGACUACGAUGUUACGAAAUUAUUCGCUAUCUUGCCAAACGAAGUCACAACUUUCACCAGCCCCUUAUUUUCAGGCCAAGUGCCUCCUACCCUUGCAUCGUACACCUGUCACACCCAAUGA